AUGUCAUUUAUUACUUUCGUAUUUUUACUAUGUAUCAGUAGUCCAUUAGUUUUAUGUAAAAAACAAGAACAGACAUGUGUUGAACCGUUGGAUGGUGUUGCAGCUUAUCCUUGUGAAAGUCGUCGAAGUCGAGAACCACUUAGUUUACAAUAUAACAAAGCUCAAAUUAGUAAACCAGCACCCUCAUUCGAAGGUCUCGCUGUAAUCAACGGUGAAGUUAAAGAGAUUAGUUUAAGUGACUUCAAAGGCAAAUAUCUUGUACUUGUCUUCUAUCCAUUAGAUUUUACAUUUGUAUGUCCCACCGAAAUUAUUGCUUUUUCUGAUCGUAUCCAAGAAUUUAAAAAUAUUAAUACCGAAGUUGUUGCAAUCUCUGUUGAUUCACAAUUUACUCAUUUAGCAUGGAUCAAUACACCUCGUGAACAAGGUGGUCUUGGUAAAAUUCAAAUUCCACUCUUAUCUGAUUUAACACAUCAAAUUUCAAAAGAUUAUGGUGUAUAUUUACAAGAUGUUGGUCAUGCAUUAAGAGGAUUAUUUAUUAUUGAUGGUCAAGGUGUUCUUCGUCAAAUCACAAUGAACGAUUUACCUGUCGGACGAUCAACAGAUGAAACACUUCGACUUCUUCAAGCAUUUCAAUAUACUGAUAAACAUGGCGAAGUAUGUCCUGCUGGUUGGCAUCCCGGUGCUGAUACAAUUAUUCCAAAUCCAGACGAAAAAUUGAAAUAUUUCAGUAGAACUUAUGAAAAAAAGAAUUAA